AUGGUGUCCCAAGCUGUGCAGCUGCUUCGGCAGGGAGUGUGGGCAGCGUUGACCGGAGGCUGGUACCACGACCCGGAGCAGAGCAGAUUCGCUAACAGCUGCCACCUCUACCUCUGGCUCUUCUUGCUGCUGCUGCCCAUGGCGCUGCACUUGGCGUGUCCUCCCAGUAUCAUCACAGCUUUCAUCUACUGUGGUUCUGUGACGUUAUUUUUCAUGAUAAUAAAGGUGAUCAUUUAUCGCCUGCAUGUGAUGUUUGACAAAGGAGAGAUGAUUCAACAAAAACUCCCUUGUAAGGAAGAGAAACAAAAUAAAGAAUAUAAAAGAGAUAAUGCAAUUCAGCAUAAAAAUCUCAGCAAUAACAUAGGGGACAAUGGUACAGUCGAAGAGACCAAGCGUAAUGGUUCAACACCCACCAUCCACAGUAGCAUCAAAGUGCAGGCUAUCCUCCCUCAACACCCUUCAGGAGGCCAGAACCUGCCAGCUCAAGAAACUAUUGAAGAUCUGAAAGGAGUAUUGGUUUCAGAAGAACAGCCUGUCCCACCGGUAUUGCUGACCUCACCCUGCAUCAAAGCAGAUAUUCUGUCUUCUUCUGUGGCAUGUAUGCCAAGUUCUCCCACACCAGCAAUAGUGGCCAAGCCGAAUGCUGUGGAGACUAUUAUCAAUAAUGGAACAAGUGAAAAAGAAGAGAAGGCACAGCCUUCUAGCCAUAGUGGAGAAGAGGAUGCUCCUCUUGAUAAAGAUGUGAUUGUUAACAAAUUGCCAAAUCUUUCCUUGUCCCAGUGCGAUGUUUUAAAAACAGGCAAAUCUUUUGAGCCUUGGAGUAUUGACAAUUCUGUCAUCUUGUCAGAGCAUUUAAACAAUCCCAAGUGUUUCAGGAAAGAGAAAUUACUGGAUGGGUCAGCUCAAGACAGCACUACAACCAGUUUCCCUCAGUGCACUACUGUGGUAGCUAAGGGACUUGCAGAAAGCUCUUCUUAUGGGGAUGACCCAAAAGUACAAUUUGAUGAAUCAGAAAGUGAGGUAGCUGUGGCUCUGGUGGACAAUUCUCAUUCUGGGGAUCCAUUCACGUUACAUGAACCCAUUAAAAUAGUUAUCACUAUGAGUAGUGCCCAGAACUCAGCUACUGAUUUAGAAGGCUUGCAUCAUAUGGGUGCUGAGAAAUCUGGUUCAGAUCCAGAAUCUGGUGUUGCUACAACAGUUCAAGGCAGUAAACAAAGCAACAAUCAGAUGAUAAUCCCUGUCAUUACUUUUGAACUAUCUGAGGACAGUGGAGGCCAUGCUUUUCAAGAAGUAAGUGAAAGUUUAAGAACCCCAGACAAUUUAAAUGUAGAUGCAUCAUCUAAUCAAUGUUCUGGCUAUGAAUCUGGUGAACAAGACAAUAUUGGAAAGGAAUACAGUGACAAUCCAGUAAAUAAUCAUGAAGGAGCAAUUAUUUCUCCUGUAAAUGCUUCUGGAACUCUAGAAGACCCAGAGGAAGGACACUGGAAUUUGGAAGUCCCCUUGUAUAAAACAGCUCAUGAAAAGAGACAUGCUCGUGUUCUCAGUGUGGAUAGUGGGACAGAUGUGUUUUUAAGUAAGAAUUCUUCAGGGACUGUUAGUGGAAAAGAAAAACUUUUGCCAACCUCAAAAUCUGAUCUGGAAGCUAAAGAAGGACAGAUACCAAAUGAAUCAAAUUUCUUAGAAUUUGUUUCACUGCUGGAAUCCAUCAGUACUUCAAAGCCAACAGCAUCAGAUUUGAAAGCAGAUCCUGCAAAAGAUAAAGGGCCAGCUGGAGAUGGCUUUUUAAGAGAGAAAAAAGAGGGUGCUUUGGCAACAGAAAAAAAUUGUGCAGAAAAAGAAAAUCAUGGUUCUUAUAAACAGGAUAGAACCGAGAUGGAAACUCAAGAUUCUACUAAUAUUAAUCCAGUGAUCCCAGAAUCAAUGAAGUUUACUGCCCAUUACCAGAGCACCAGACAACGACAGAUCAUUUAUCGGGUAACUUCACAGCCAGAUAGUUCUGUCUUGCAAGUCAUAAGUGGGCCUGAAGCAUCUGUGCAAGAAGAGGUGUCUGUGGAUGCAAUGCAUUUCUUCAUAGAUGGAAAUGGAGAAAUUAAGUCCUUUUACUUAAGGAGUCAAACAGAAGGAAAUAUUGAAAAUUCACCCAUCUAUGAUUGCAUCUCCAACGCUCAUGAAAUCCAUUUCAGCUCCUCCAGUACAACUACCUCAGAGAUCCAAGAAGAAUCUUCUGGAAAUCAUAGGCGAAGAGCCCGGCAACAGCGGUUCUUACUGAUGGUGGCACGGGGAACUCUUUCUGAAAACCAACGGCAUUUUAGUGAAGACCUUGAGGAUUCUUCAUGUUCAUCAGCUCAAAGAAAAAUUAAUAGACAGUUUUACAAAUUUAUUGUAUUUCCUGGGAAAUGGAUAAAAAUCUGGUAUGAUCGACUUACCUUGCUGGCAUUGCUGGACAGGACAGAAGAUGUCAAGGAGAAUGUUUUGGCAGUUCUUCUAGUAAUCCUUGUUUCUUUUCUUGGUUUUCUAAUUAUGAACCAAGGUUUUUGUAAAGACAUUUGGGUGCUCCUGUUCUGUCUUAUCAUGGCAAGCUGCCAGUACUCUCUUCUAAAGAGUGUUCAGCCGGAUCCCGCCUCACCUAUACAUGGCCACAACCAGAUGAUAAUAUACAGCCGGCCUAUAUAUUUUUGCAUAUUGUGUGGCCUUAUUUUAUUGCUAGAUGCAGGAUCUAAAACCAGACGCUCCUUCAUUUACACUGUUUAUGACAUGAAGAUCUCACCUGAAUUAUUUCGGGUAAUCAGGGACCAUGUAAUAGGAUUUUUAUAUUGCUUUCCUGUGAUUUCUCUUCUUGGUCUUUUCCCACAAAUCAACACAUUCUGUAUAUAUCUCCUUGAACAGAUAGAUAUACUGGUAUUUGGUGGUUCUGCUGUUGCUGGAAUGUUCUCUUCACUGUACAGUAUUUCUCGAAGCUUUAUAGCUGUAAUUGUCCUGUACACAUUCUGCUUCAAUGCAGUUAAGGAACCGUGGGAUGCUCAACAUAUUCCAGCGCUGUUCUCUGCCUUUUGUGGGCUUUUAGUUGCACUUUCUUAUCAUCUGAGCAGGCAGAGCAGCGAUCCAUCUGUUCUAGUGUCUCUUAUUCACUGUAAAUAUUUUCCACACCUUAUAAAGCAACAUUUUGAAGAGCCACAAGUUGAUCCACUUCCUGAGAAGAUGAGAGAAUCAGUGAGGGAAACCUUGAGAUCAGAUCUCGUUGUGUGCUCUGUGGCUGCUGUGCUAUCAUUUGCAGUCAGUGCCAGUACCGUUUUCUUGUCAUUAGGGCAAGUUCUCAGCCUGGUGCUUUUCAUUUUUGCAUGGACUGUGGGAUUCAUAACACACUACAUAAUCCCUCAGCUUCGCAAACAUCAUCCAUGGAUGUGGAUAUCCCAUCCUAUCCUUAAAAAUAAGGAAUAUCGGCAGAGAGAAGUGAGAGCUGCUGCUCAUUUAAUGUGGUUUGAGAGACUGUAUGUGUGGCUUCAGUGUUUUGAAAAGUACAUCUUGUAUCCUGCAAUAAUACUGAACUCCCUCACCAAUGAUGCUUUUUUAAUCAGCAAAAACAAGAAGAUAACCUCAUACUGUGAUAUCUUUCUAAUUACAAUUGCGGGAAUGAAGCUACUGCGGUCCUCAUUUUGCAAUCCUGUUCACCAGUUUGUUACAUUAAGUUUCACUGUCAUCUUCUUCAGGUUUGACUACAAAGGUUUCUCUGACAACUUCUUGUUCAAUUUCUUCAUGAUGUCAAUUGUAUUUAAUAAGCUGUGGGAUCUACUACAGAAAUUACAGUUCAUAAUGACUUAUAUUGCUCCUUGGCAAAUUGCCUGGGGCUCAUCUUUCCAUGUGUUCGCUCAGCUCUUUGCAAUACCUCAUUCUGCAAUGCUUUUCUGUCAAACUCUGGCCACUGCAAUCUUUUCUACUCCCUUGAGUCCAUUUCUAGGGAGUGUCAUUUUUCUCACCUCAUAUGCCAGACCAGUCAAGUUCUGGGAAAGAAAUUACAACACAAAAAGAGUGGACCAUUCCAAUACAAGAUUGGUACUUCAGAUUGAAAAGGAUGCAGGAAACGAUGAUAACCUUAACUCCAUCUUUUAUGAGCACCUAACAAGAUCUCUGCAGGAGACCCUUUGUGGAGAUUUGAUUCUUGGACGCUGGGGAAACUACAGUUCCGGGGACUGUUUUAUUUUGGCAUCUGAUUAUUUAAACGCUUUUGUUCACUUGAUAGAAAUUGGAAAUGGUCUUGUCACAUUCCAGCUCAGGGGGCUAGAAUUUAGAGGGACAUACUGCCAGCAAAGGGAGGUGGAGGCUAUAACAGAAGGGGAUGAGGACAAUGAAAGUUGCUGCUGUUGUAAGCCAGGCCACUUCCCUCACAUGCUCUCAUGCAAUGCAGCUUUCAACCUUCGGUGGCUGACCUGGGAAAUAACACGGACUCAGUACAUUCUAGAAGGGUAUAAUAUCAUUGACAACAGUGCAGCCACCAUGCUCCAAGUGUUUGAUCUGCGAAGGAUACUCAUUAGAUAUUACAUAAAGAGCAUUAUAUAUUUUACUGCAAGCUCCCCCAAAAUCCUAUCCUGGCUAAGAGACGAAUCAUUCCAGAAGACACUACAGCCUUUCUCCAAAUGGCAUUAUAUUGAGCGUGACCUUGCAAUGUUCAGCAUCAAUAUUGAUGAUGAUUAUGUACCUUGCCUUCAAGGAAUCACCAGAGCAAGUUUCUGUAGUGUUUACUUAGAUUGGAUUCAGUUCUGCGCUGGGAAAAGAGUGGAGCCUGUAGAGUGUGAUGAAGAUUCUCCUUUAGUAACUCUUUCCUUUGCAUUGUGCAUUCUUGGUAGAAGAGCACUGGGAACAGCAUCACACAAUAUGGCCAUCAGUUUAGACUCUUUCCUCCAUGGCCUUCAUGCCUUGUUCAAAGGAGAUUUUCGAAUUACAUCAAGAGAUGAAUGGGUGUUUGCAGAUAUGGACCUCUUGCACCAAGUUGUUGCUCCUGCAAUUAGAAUGUCAUUGAAACUACAUCAAGACCAGUUCACCUGUCCAGAUGAAUAUGAAGAUCCUGCUAUUCUUUAUGAUGCAAUUCAGUCUUUUGAAGAGAAAGUUGUGAUUUGUCACGAAGGGGAUCCUGCUUGGCGUAGUGCCAUCCUCUCAAACAAAGAAGAGCUUCUCACUUUUAGGCAUGUGGUGGAAGAAGGAACGGAUGAAUAUAAAGUUAUUAUGCUCCACAAAAGCUACUUGAGCUUCAAAGUUAUCAAGGUUAACAAGGAGUGUGUCAGAGGGCUCUGGGCUGGACAGCAACAGGAACUUAUUUUUUUACGCAAUCGUAACCCAGAGCGAGGCAGCAUCCAAAACAACAAACAGGUGUUGAGGAACCUGAUUAACUCCUCAUGUGACCAGCCUCUGGGAUACCCCAUGUAUGUUUCUCCUUUGACCACAUCCUAUAUAGGGACUCACAGGCAGCUGAGAAAUGUUUGGGGUGGACCAAUAAGUCUCGACAGCAUCAAAAGAUGGUUCAGAACCAAGUGGCUUAGGAUGCGGAAGGACUGCAACGCAAAUCACAGUAGAGGCAGCUGUGAAGAAGGAGCCAGUAGGAAUGGAUCUUCCAGCAGUAAUCCAGCUAAUAAUUCAAGCCAGAGCAGCAGCUCCCAGCAUACAAGGAACAGCACACCCCAACUGCACCCUUCCUUUCAGAUUGCUCCGUUCCCAGGCAGGAGAAAAUUCAGGAGCCAGUCUGUUCAGACACAUGCGGCUUUAAGUCAAAGGCCCCCUCGCUCAAGUCAUUCUGGUCCAAUCUUAGAGAGUCAGCCACCCUUCAUCCAGACUUCCACUUCCGCCCAUGAGAUUGCCCCAAGGCUUUCUGACAGCCAGCUCUCCUUCCACAAUUCUGCAGCCUCUGUGUUCUCCCCGACCCCUGCCAUCCCUAUUCUGGGCCAGCUGACACUGCAGGAACGAGCUGAGGCUGUGCUCAGGUCUAGUCUGGGCUCUUCAACUAGUUCUACUCUCAGCCUCUUGUUUGGCAAGAGAAGUUUUUCAAGUGCACUGGUCAUUUCUGGGCUCUCUGCAGCUGAAGGAGGAAACACAACAGAUACCCAGUCAUCCAGUAGUGUUAAUAUUGCAAUUGGGCCAUCUGUUAGAGCAGCAAACCGUAAUAUGCAGGAGAUCAUACAGCCCUUAUCUGACGAUUAUGAAGCCAGCGAUGCUACUGAAUCCAGACAGCGAAGGGACCUAGGAACUACUCACGCUCUUCUGAUAAGCCAUAUGAUGGAAUGUAGAAGAGCCAGCCAAGAAGAUAUGGCACUAGAAGACUCUGCUUCCCAACACAGCCUUUCUGAAGAGCAAUAAAGAGGAUGCUCAUGGAAGGGAUAAUGCCAUGUAAAGCUGAUUUAAAAAAAUACAAUUAGGUUAGCUUCC